GUAAAGUGUUCUCUCUCUCUCUCACACACACACACACACCAGGUGUAAAAGAGAACGGAGGUGGAUGUUAACGCUCCUGAACACUUUCAAUAUGGCACAGAAACUAUUUCUCUUCUGCCUGUUUGCUCUUCAUUAACCGGUUUUGUUGUGUAUUUUCCAGCCGUCUCUCUCUCGAACAUCGUCCAGUAUCCUGCGGUAGUGAAGGCGGUUCGUGGUGAGACGGUCUCCAUGACGUGUAAUACAGUGGAAAUCUUGUCCAGAUGUGAUUUAGUCUACUGGUAUAAAGUGCAGCCGAGAACCAGAGAGAUGAUCCUGACCACCGCUGUUCACACUGAUCCGAGUCUGAAACUGUGUAGAGGAUUCAUCUACAACACCAGCGUGGCUGAUUCGGGCAUUUACUACUGCUCUGUAAAACACAGUGUUAUCUACUACACGGGCAACGGCACCACCGUCAUCAUCACAGAGCCUCGUCCCGGUCCCGUCGUGACGCUCUACGUCCCGGACGUGAGUGUCGGACCCUCCGUCUCUCUGCAGUGCGUGGUGAUGGGGGUCGUCCCGUCUGAAGCCAUCGUUUCCUGGGUCGUAGGGGACUCGGAGAUUACCGGGUGGACGGAGUCGGGCUGGACCCACGCCAACGCCUCAGCUGUAGAAUACACACGCGCUCAUAUCAGCAUUCCCUCAGAGACCUGGCUGGAGGCUCCGAAUGUGGAGUGCGUGGUCGAGGUGGACGGCAGGCGCGUCUCGAAAUCUUUUAAAAAAGGCUCCAGUCAGCUGUGUUCAUGGUUGAUGUAUUUGUGCGCCGGCGUUGCCCUCGUCAUCCUUACCGUGUUCAUCGUUACUCUAGUUUCAUUACAGACGGCAGGACAGUGUCGUGUGCGUACCAGAUCAACUGAAUCCCGCUUCAAUCAACGCAGUGGAGGCAAAAGGAGGACAGACACAGCAAAGAGAUCCUCCAUAACGGAAGUGCAAUACGCAAGUUUGGAUCUGAUCAGUAACGGACAACGAGGGAGAACCAUGUUAAACAGGAAUGUUUUGCUUAAUGAGUGACUGAGUGAAUGAAUGAAUGAGUAAGUGAAUGAGUGAUUGAGUGAGUGAAUGAGUGACUGAGUGAAGAAAAGCAUUAUGAUGUCCUGAAAUGUCCAAUAAAACCUGCCAUCUGAUCAA